AUGGCUUUCUCUCUUGGGUCUCAAGUACUCUCCCUUCUCAUUGUUUUGCUUUUACUGCAAUCUCCGAGCGAGGCUGCAACGUGCAGUGACUGCUUCAUUCACUCUCGAGCAACUUAUUAUCCGAAUUCUGAAGCACAAGGAACAGACAGUGGUGCAUGUGGAUUUGGUUCAUUUGGAGCAACACUCAAUGGCGGGGAUGUCUCAGCUGCCUCUGACCUCUAUCGCAGUGGCCUCGGAUGUGGAGCUUGUUACCAGGUGAGGUGCACCAAUAGUGCCUAUUGCACAGACAAAGGAGUAACUGUAGUUAUAACUGACCAAGGCUCGAGUGAUGGCACAGACUUCAUCAUGAGUAAGCAAGCGUUUGGCCGGAUGGCUCAAAGCACUGAAGCAGCUGCUUCUCUGCUGUCACUUGGUGUCAUUGAUAUUGAGUACAGACGUGUUUCAUGCAGCUAUCCAAACAAAAAUAUUACAAUCAAGAUCGAUGAGCACAGCAACAAUCCUUAUUAUUUGGCUUUUGUAAUAUGGUACCAGCAAGGGAAGAAAGAUAUCACCGCUGUCCAGCUGUGUGAGACAACAAACUUUGUAUGCGUAGUACUGGACAGGAGUAUUGGAGCAAUUUGGACAACAACUUCAGCACCAAGUGGUGGACCCUUGCAAAUAAGAAUGUUAUUCAGCGAUGAUGACGAGACUUGGGUUGUUCCUCCGAACACUAUACCACAAGACUGGAAAGUUGGACAAACAUAUGACACUGGAGUUCAAGUUAACUGAUCAGAUCAGAUCGGAUUUUAUUAAUCCUGUUUAAUUAUCAAUUUUUAUUAGUUUCUUAAAAUUUGUUUUGUUUUGCAAAUUGGAAGAAUGAAUGUAUACGAGACUAAAUUCCUCA